AUUUCUCUCACAGUCUAAGAAAUCCAAGCAGAGACAGACUCAGGAAACACUCCGCUAAUCUCUGGAAGGGAUUUUGGAUCGAGGGGGUGCCAGAUAGAGAGAGGAGAGGGGGGGCGAUCGAUAGCUGGUAUCUAACUUGUGACUCCUGAUGGUCGUAGCAGUCUCGCUGAACAACAGGAGAGCUUUUAAAAUAACUGCGUGUCAACAUGUAGACAAGCUUUAGGGUUCUGGUUAAACAACCUUCCCUCAUCUUCUCUUUUUGCCACCAGAAUUGAAUCUUUUAAUCUGCAUGUCAGAGAAAUCCAAAGGUUUUUUCGUUGUUGAUUUUGGAGAAAUCUAAGGAAUGCGUCUGAGAAACAGGUACAGAGCAGACAACCCUGACAUGGUGUCGACCCAAACUGACAGAGACCAGGACAGAGUGGACUGUUCAGACACGUCUCCGACCAGACACAGGUACUCUCUGCUCGAUAUUAAGGUCAGCUAAAAGAAGAAGCAAAAACGGUCUAAUGAAACUCUCGGCAGUGUUGUUCUCUCGUCUUUAAAAACUAAUUUGCUUUGGCAGAACGCAAGUGUCCUGUGAGCAAAGCAAUACCUUUGACAACACUGUGAAUAAAGCUAAUUCACCAACCGUCCGUGUUUCUAAAUGUGUUAAAUGGAACAUUUAGUCAACAGUGUUUUCGCCUCAGAGCAACAGAUGAACUGUAAGCCAUAAAACUACUCGAGUACUCAAAGCCAUAACCGUCGUAGAUCCUGUUUUUAACAAUCUUAUUGUCAGCGGGAAAUCUGAGCUCCUGUUGUCAGCGUCUCCAUUUACCUUGACAGACCAAUGUACAGGUUCUGUCUGAAAAGAAAGCACAGGGGGGAGGAGGGAGCCGUGGACAAUUUUUGCCUGUGAGAGGCAGGAAAGAGGAGCAUCAGGCCAACAGCAGGCGACGGUGGCAGCAAACAGAUUUCUAAAUGCUUCCUAAACCCCAGUGAGACCGACAGCAGCCGUCUUGCUGGCAGCUGCACAAAGGGAAACAGGCGGUGGGAGCAGCACAGCCACAACCCGUUAUUGAUUGUUUCUGUAAGUGAGAGUCCUACCUGCCUGGACGCCACAGACUCAGAUCACAUCUGAAGUGGAAGCAGACAUCCAGCUCCACUUCAGAGGACAAAGAGGAAGAAGACACAGUUUCGAGGCGGGGAGUCGAGGGGAAACUUCCUCUCAGUUGGUCGUCAGGCUGGCCGACGCAGCCAUGGCGUUCACCUUCGCGGCCUUUUGCUACAUGCUCACCUUGGUGCUGUGUGCUGGCCUCAUCUUCUUUGUGAUAUGGCAGAUCAUCGCUUUUGAUGAACUCCGCACAGACUUCAAAAACCCCAUUGAUCAGAGCAAUCCCACCAGAGCGAGGGAGAGGAUUCUCAACAUUGAGCGGAUCUGCAACCUGCUUCGCAGAUUGGUGGUCCCGGAGUACUCCAUCCACGGGCUGUUCUGCCUGAUGUUCAUGUGCGCUGGAGAGUGGGUCACUCUUGGCCUGAACAUCCCUCUUCUCUUCUACCAUCUGUGGAGGUUUUUCCAUCGGCCAGCUGAUGGAUCAGAGGUGAUGUAUGAUCCUGUCAGCGUGAUGAACGCAGACAUCCUUAACUACUGCCAGAAGGAGUCUUGGUGUAAGAUGGGCUUUUAUUUGCUCUCCUUCUUCUAUUACCUGUACAGUAUGGUCUACGCCUUGGUAAGUUUCUGAAGAUAAAGCAGAAAGAACCCAACGGAGACAACCGUCUCCUCGUUUCCUGCCUUUGCUUUUUUUAGGUGUUCUGGUUUUUUAACUAAAGAAGGCCUAUCUGAGUGAGUGUGAAAGUUUUAGUGUUGCCUAGGUUUUAAUUUAGCACUUCAUCCCAGAUCCAGCUAUCAGAUGGUUGCAAAAAGCCAUCAAAG